AUGGUCGAUCGUCGUCGGGAGGGAGAACAGCUCCGCGAAGAGUUCAGCGUGCUCGGGUCCACGGGCAACGUAUACACCGUCGUGAUCGACAAAGAGCCGUCCUGCAAUUGCCCUGAUGCACAGAAAGGACAUACAUGCAAACACGUCCUCUUCGUGUUCCUCAAAGGUACUGCCAGUAUCUUCCUCAUAUUCGCCAGCGCGCCCGCGGCCCCACAUGCCGUCGCCCACGCCCGCGUCCGCCAGGCGUAUCUGCAAGCGACCGGCAGAUCCACCACCACCGCGGCGGAUGCGGACGAGGCCAGCAGCGCGAAGAAAAAGCGCCUCCCCGAAGCGGGCGACGACUGCCCGAUCUGCUACGAGACGAUGCACGGCGUCGCCGAGGCCACGCUCUCCUUCUGCGACGAGUGCGGAAAGGGUAUCCACAAGGAGUGCUUCCAGCAGUGGGCGAAACGGUCGAGCACCGUGACCUGCGUCUGGUGCCGAGCCGCAUGGAUCCGGCCUGGAGCAUCUUCCGCCGGGCCACGCUCGGGCGGAGGAUACGUGAACCUCGCCGCCGUCGCGGGCGUCAGUCCCGUACGCGACACCAGUUCAUAUUUCCACGGCAGGCCGGGCUACCGUCACAACUACGACUACCAAGACGACUGA